ACUUUCUCAAAGUACAAACUUGUGGUAUUCAAAAGGAACAUCUUUCACUACAACAAACAGCAGACAGAGAUAUCCACACAUUCUAUCAUGGAUUUUCCUCUGGCUUCCACUCGUAGCAAGCGAUCAGUCGCUCAAGACCUCAUACUCAGGAAGUACUCACCAGCAUCAUUCGAGCUUCCAAAACAUGUUGUCAUUGUGAUGGAUGGUCUUAAGGAGCCUUCUUUAGCACUCCUGGAGUGGGUGCUUAAGAAUUUCGCGGUAGAAACUCACUGCACUGUCACCCUCCUCCGCGUGAUGCCCUGGCUUACGUUUCCAUUUUCUGGCAGGACUUGGGAUGAUAUCUGGAUGCUGGAUUUCGAAGAUUUGGUUACAAAUCAGGAGGAAACACAAUGCAAAAAUGAUGUCUACUUGAAACUGCAACCCCUGAUCGAGCUGUGUCGACAAUAUAAUGUGAUCCCACAAGUUAAACCUUUGAUGGGAUUCCCUAUCCACUUACUUGUUGGUGAGCAAAUCACAAGUCUCCAUGCGACGUUGGCAGUAAUCGACAGGCAUCAUGCCAAGAAGAAUAUAAAUUACUAUGCAGCAAGAGUUCCGUGCAACAUACUUGCUAUGAAUCAGGACGGUGAGUUUGACAUGAUUAAAGCUCGUUCUGGCAUCGAUGUUGAUGACUACAGCAUUGGAGACUCUCCCGCUCCUACGCCCAAAUUGAUAGUGUCCCAUCGCUUUCUAAACAAGUUUCUGAAGCAGAAGGAAAAGACUGGCAAAGAGGAGAAAAGUUUAUACACCGUAUGUAGUACUCCGUAAAGAGUUGGAUCCUCAAUUUCUCUCAAUGAAGAAUGGCUUGUGAUA